AUGGCGUUCUUGGGUCAUAUAGUGACCAAGGAUGGGAUUAUGAUAGAUCCUAAUAAGAUUGAGACAGUUCAUGAUUGGAUCAGGCCUACCUCAGCUACUGAGAUUCGGAGCUUCAUUGGCCUCACUAGUUACUAUCGGUGUUUUGUGGAGGGAUUUUCAUCUAAUGCAUCUCUUUUGACCAGAUUGACUCUAAUAUAUGUAUCUCCUUUGACCAGAUUGACUCAUAAGAAUGAACCCUUUCAGUGGUUGGAUGAGUGCAAGGCGAGCUUUCAAAAGUUCAAGACUUUGUUAACUACAACUCUGAUUUUAACUGUUCUCGUGGAGGGUGAGGGAUUUAUGGUAUAUUUUGAUUCUUCACGGAUUGGCCUUGGUUAUGUUCUGAUACAAAAGGGAAAGUGA